AUGUCUCUGCUUCUUUUCUUCUGUAAAGAUAUUCAAUAUCAAAUUACAUUUCAAAGAGUAUGCUUCCUCUAUAUAAGUUGGAUAAAAUCCUCAUUUGAGUACUCAUCUUUGUCUACCUUUACUAUCUUGUUAUCAUCGUGCUUUGAAGAAAUCAUGGAACAAUCAUCAAGCUCUAACAUAAUGGAUAAUCAAAGGUUGCCACAACAUGAAAAUGUGACUAAUGUCUCUUUGCCUAAUAUGGUCAAUGUCAUGCCUGCUGCUGAAAAUGGGGUCCCAAAUCCUCAUGGAGAUGAUCUAAUUCUAGAUCGUGAGACUAGAAUACGUUUACAAAAUCAAGGAUACUCCAAAACCUAUCUGAAGAGAAAGAAUUGUCACAUCGAAAAUCUGGAAGACAAACAAAAUACAUUAACCGAUAUAAUAGGUAAAGAAAUUCCAAUGACUAAGGUUUACACAAACAUUAAUUCUGUUAUUAAGUAUGAAAUUAACACUUUGGAAGAAACAUUAUCUCAAGUCAAUUCAAAUGGGGAGUUGAGAUCGAUACCAUAACCAAUAAAUUGGAGCAGAUGAAAUUAUCCAAGGAGGCAACUGACGUAGAGUUCAUUAGGAAGAAGAAUUUGGGAGGCAAAUAAAAUGCAAUUUAAUGUAGCAGUUUGUAUAUAAAUAUUAUGAUAUAAAUAUAAAUAAGGAAUCUGUUAUUAUGUAAAUUAUUAAAUAAUAUAAUAAAAGUCUCUACCAUUAUGAAUA